AUGCAGACCCACUUGUACUCUGCCUUUGUGGAUCUGACGAAAGCCUUCGACACGGUGAAUCGCGACGGAUUGUGGAAAAUAAUGCAGAAAUUUGGCUGUCCAGAACGAUUCACUCAGAUGGUGCGUCAGCUCAAUGAUGGCAUGAUGGCGCGAGUUAUGGGCAAUGGGGAUGUCUCAGAGGCACUCGCAGUGACCUUCGGAAUGAGGCAUGGCUGCGUUCUCACGCCUGCCCUCCUCAGUCUUAUGUUCUCUGCCAUGCUGAUGGACGCCUACCGUGAUGAACGCCCCGGGGUCCGUAUCGCCUACAGGACGGCGUCCACCUGCUCAACCACAUGCGGAUGCACUUCCUGUCGCGUGUAUCCACAAUCAACGUCCACGGACGACUGCGCCCUCAACACCACGUCGGAAGGGGACAUGCAAAGGAGCAUGGAUCUCUCUGUCGCCACCUGCGACAAAUUCCGCUUGGUCAUAAACACGGAGAAAAUGGUGCACAUACAUCAACCGCCACCCGACGUUGCCUACGUCGUACCCCAAAUCAACAUGAACGGCGCCCAGCUACAAAUUGUGAACAGCUUCACAUACCCGGGCAGCAUGCUCUCCCCUAACACCAAAGUCGACGACGAAGUGGCCCUCCGGAUUUCCAACGCCACUCAUGCCUUCGACCGUCUGCAGAACACCGUCUGGAACCGUCACGGUCUCCAUCUCAACACCAAGCUGAGGAUGUGCACGGUAGUCAUCCUGAGACGCUGA